GCAAACGCAAACGGUACGUUUGGAUAGUCAAAGGUGUGAAGGAACUUGAAUUGCCGAACUCGGCUAAAAUAAUUUUACGUUCCCACAUCCCAUUGCACUGCACUGGCUAAGCGAUGUCAUAAUUUUGCGCUUGCGGUAUUUUCUGUUUUGUUGUGGUUGUGAAUGUGAUUGGAUUGGAGGUAUUUAAGAAAUAUAUGUUUUUUUAGAAACGACCAUUCAUAUUUUUUCAAACUUUUAUAAUUAGAUAAAAUGCGUAUUUAUCUAUUUCUAAUAUUUAUAUCUACCGCUUAUUCUUCUUUUGUAAGAAUACCAUUACAAAAAUUUACAUCAAUAAGAAGAACUUUACAAAAUGUAGGAACUGAAGUAGAUCGAGUGGUAUUAAAAUAUAGUUAUGAUAUUACUGGACCUACACCUGAACCUUUAUCAAAUUAUUUAGAUGCCCAAUACUAUGGACCAAUAAGUAUUGGUAAUCCACCCCAAUUAUUUAAAGUCAUUUUUGACACAGGAUCAUCUAAUUUAUGGAUUCCUUCCAAAAAAUGUAGUUUUACAAAUAUUGCUUGCUUGCUGCAUAAUAAAUAUGAUUCCACAAAAUCAUCAACUUACCAACAAAAUGGUACCAAGUUUGCUAUCCAAUAUGGUUCUGGAAGUCUUAGUGGAUUUUUGUCAACAGAUGUAGUUACUGUUGGUUCUCUGAAAAUUAAGGACCAAACCUUUGCAGAAGCUAUUAGUGAACCUGGAUUAGCUUUCGUGGCAGCUAAAUUUGACGGUAUUUUGGGAAUGGCAUAUGACACAAUUUCUGUUGAUAAAGUUCCUCCAGUUUUCUAUAAAAUGAUUGAACAAGGUUUGGUGCCCCAACCCAUUUUCUCUUUCUAUUUAAACAGAAAUCCUGAUGCCAAGCAAGGGGGAGAGCUUAUUUUAGGUGGGUCAGAUCCUGCACAUUAUUCUGGUGAUUUUACUUAUGUUCCUGUGACCAGAAAAGGUUAUUGGCAAUUCAAAAUGGAUAAAGUGACAAUUGGUGCUGAAUCAUAUUGUGUGAAUGGUUGUCAGGCCAUUGCAGAUAGUGGUACUAGUCUGAUAGCUGGACCAGUAGAAGAAAUAGCGAAAAUUAAUAAGGCUAUUGGGGCUACUCCUAUUGUAGGUGGAGAAUGUAUGGUGGAUUGUACUCUUAUUCCUAAAUUACCUGUUGUCGACUUCAUUUUAAAUGGAAAAUCUUUUAGUUUGGAAGGAAAGGAUUAUGUUUUAAGAAUCUCACAAAUGGGCAAAACAGUCUGUCUCUCAGGUUUCAUGGGACUCGAUAUUCCACCACCAAAUGGCCCUUUAUGGAUUUUAGGUGAUGUCUUCAUUGGAAAAUUUUACACUGAAUUCGAUAUGGGAAACAAUCGUGUAGGAUUUGCCGAGACUGUUUAGAAAUAUAAAGAUUUCAGUGUUUUCUAGUGCUUACCAAAGUUAAUAAUUCAACUAGUUACAUGUUCAUCAUAGUUAUAUUGAUAUAAUAUUUUGGUGUUUUUAAGAAACACAAUUUCUGUAUUGAAAAAAGUUCAGUUAAAAUGUAAAUGUCAAUAAUUCUUAUUAAAUCAUGACAGCAGUUUGCUA